AUGCAGCCUUGUUCUUGUAAGCAAUGGAUAUUGAAAGGUAUUGCAUUGGUUGGUUUGAUCCAAAUUUGGUUUGAAUUUGGAGAGUGUUUCAAUGGUGGCGAUUUCAUCAAGAGCUUACCAGGCCAACCAAGUGUUAGCUUUCGACAAUUUGGUGGAUAUAUUAGCAUUGAUGAACUCCAAAAUAGAUCUCUUUUCUACUACUUUGUUGAGGCCCAAACGGAUCCUUAUUCACGCCCUCUUGUUCUUUGGCUCAAUGGAGGCCCUGGUUGUUCAUCUCUUGGUGCUGGAGCUCUUACUGAGCAUGGCCCUUUUAGACCCAAGGGGGACGUUUUGAUUCUCAAUCAAUUUAGUUGGAACAAUGUGGCAAAUAUAUUAUAUCUCGAAGCUCCGGCGGGAGUUGGCUUCUCGUUUUCUGAAAACACUUCAUUCUAUGACACCGUUAACGACAAAAUUACAGCACAAGACAACUUAGUUUUCCUCGAGCGAUGGUUGGACAAAUUCCCAGAAUACAAAACUCGAGAUUUGUACAUCACAGGAGAGAGCUACGCAGGCCAUUACGUUCCACAACUAGCAAGCCUAAUCCUUAAAUCGAAACUCAAUAUUAGACUCAAGGCUAUAGCGAUAGGGAAUCCAUUGCUGGAAUUCAACACGGAUUUCAAUUCAAGAGGCACAUAUUUAUGGUCUCAUGGAGUGAUUUCAGACUAUGCAUAUAAACUUCUAAACACAGUUUGCAGCAUUUCCCAAAUGACAAGAGAAUCCAUUGUUAAAGGCAAUAAUAUCUCAGCUGCAUGUUCAGAAAUCGAUGAUUUGGUGUCCCAACAGAUCUCUGAUUUCAUCAAUGUGUAUUCUAUCAAUGUGGAUGUGUGUUUAACUCAGCCCCCGGCUGCUCCUGGCACCCUCCAUUCGCUCACUUCCACCAGACAAGGAGAUCAAGCUAACGCUGCCAAAUCGUCCUCCACUGCCCUCCCGCAAUACUCUGAGGAUGGAAAGAUAGACGUGUGCAUAUUAAAUGAAGUGGAUGCAUAUCUAAACAGAGCGGAUGUGCAAGAGGCUCUUCAUGCGCGGCUGGUUGGAGUAUCCAGUUGGUCCCUAUGUAGCAGUGUUUUGAACUAUGAUUUGACCGACUUAUUCAUACCCACCAUUCAAACUGUGGGUUCACUCCUGCGUUCUGGGCUAAGGGUUCUGGUUUACAGUGGAGAUCAAGAUGCUGUAAUUCCGUUACUUGGAACUCGAACUCUGGUGAAUAAGUUGGCAAAGGCUUUAAAAUUAAACGACACUCUGCCUUACUCACCUUGGUUUUACAAACAACAGGUUGGAGGAUGGGUAGAAGGAUUUGGGGAGAAGAAUAUUCUAUCAUUCGCCACCAUUAGAGGAGCAGCUCAUCAAGCUCCCUACACUUCUCCAGGGAGAUCCUUGGCACUCUUCACAGCUUUCCUAGCAGGACAAAACCCAUGA